AUGAGAGCUUCAACUGGACAGCCAGACAAGAUAUCUGGGUUUCCAACAGAGAUUUUAGAACUGAUUAUUUCUCAGUUAACCAUUAGAGAUAAUAUCCGUGCUUUUGCUGUUUGUAGACGAUGGCAUGCUGUUGCGAAUGCUGUCAGAAAGGUCAAUAAACCUCCUUGGCUUAUGAUUUUUCCAAAAUCUGGUGACCUGUAUAAAUUCUACGAUCCUUGUCAGCGCAAAACUUAUUGGCUUGAAUUACCGGAUCUACGCAGCUCUAGGCUUUGUUACGCUAAGGAUGGCUGGUUGCUUCUGUAUAAGCCCAGAACUCAUCACUUGUUCUUUUUCUGUCCUUAUACACAAGAAAAGAUCAAAUUACCUGGACGAGAAUUAGGAUCCCAAAUUGUUGCUUUUUCAGCCGCUCCGACAACUCCCAGCUGUAUUCUCUUUACAGUAGAGCGUGUGAGCUCAACUAUUGUUACUAUUAGCACUUGUCAUCCUGGAGCAACUGAAUGGACAAGUACUGAUUAUCAAAACCGUCUGCCAUAUGUGUGCAGCAUGGUUUUCUGCAAUGGUCUUUUUUAUUGUUUGAGUAUUACAGGUUUGUUGGGGGUUUAUAACCCCAAUGAAUGUACUUGGGAUGUUCAUUCUGUUCCUCCACCGAGAUGUCCUGAGGGAUUUUGCUUCAGAAAAUGGUGGAAAGGAAGAUUUAUGGCCGAGCUUAACGGGGAUAUUUUUGUUGUAUACAUUUGUUCUGCUUUAAACCCAGUGGUAUAUAAGUUAGACCAAACAAAUAAAGAAUGGACAGAGAUGGAAACUUCAGAAGGCUCAACACUGUUUGCAAGUUUUUUGUCAUCCCAAGCAAGGAUGGAUCUCAAUGGAAUGAUGAAAAACAAUGUUUAUUUCCCUAAAGUUCUAUAUUAUGGAAAACGAUGCGUAUAUUACUCUCUUGAAAGUGGUAGAUAUCAUCCCCGCCAGUGCUAUGAUUGGGCGGAACAAGAUCCUCAUGAGAGCAUUUNAGAAAUGACCGGAGCAUCGCCAAUUGCAAGAGGGGACUCAGAAGAGAUAGAUUCACGUGUAUCAUCUUCAUAA